UUUGCCGGCUUUCUCCCUCUGCCUGCUCCCGACGCUUGCUCCCGAGCUGAGCAAACUUUCGGAGUUUCUCCUCGUCUUGCGUCAUGGAAAAGGCUGGAGGGUGACCCGGAGAGUGGCAGGCAGGAGCCGGGCGAGCUCUCCUGGUCUAGCGGCCCAGCCCCAGACCGGUGUGGGUGCGUGGGCUGCUCCGCUGCGAGACCCUGGGGAGGCCGGGCGAACUCUCGAUCACGGACUAGAGAGAUCGGCCUAGAGAGCCCGGGCAGACAGACGGACACCUCCUCCGCGCCGGUAGCGCCCGCUCGAAGGGUCUCGAGCGGCCAGCUUCCCUCCCGAGGCGCCUGCAGCCGCUGAAAGUUGCGCGGGGGGGGGGGGGUGAAGAGCAGGGAUCGGCUUCCCACAGGGCCCCGGGGGCCGGAGCGCCGGCCCCCUUUUCGCCACUCCCAGCCCUACGGACUCCUAGCUCCUGUUCCUCCCUCCACCUAGUAGCCUUCCCGGAGCGGGUCCCCGCGUCCCCGGCCUCUGCGAGGGAGAGAGUGCGGGCAUGCUUGAGUGUGUUUGCGGCUGUGUGGCUACAAGAUGGAGUGAAGGGAUCCCCAGUGCCAGCCGCGCGCCCAGAGGGCUGUGAACACAGGUGGGCAGCUGAGUCGAGGCCAUCCCGAAACCCCGGCGUCCAGAGCCGGAGACUGCAUCCCUCUCUCCUUCCCAUCCCUCGGUCCAAACGGAAGUGCCUCUGUUUUUGCUGAAUUCCUCUGGCGGCUUUCUCCCCUCCGCCCUCCUUCCGAACCUCCCUCCCUUCAUCCAUCCUUCUCUCCCUCCCUCCCUCUCCAAUCAUCCCUCCCCUUCUGGACACAAGAACCCGGAAUCGCAUUUUUUUUUUUUAAACUAGCUUCUUGUAGUCGUUGCAAAGUUGAUUGUUGAGGUGCCUCUCUGUCCUGGGAGAAGGUUUGCCGAUCGCUGCCCAGCCGGGACUCGGAGAGAAGCCAACAGGAUCCCACCUCUUUCCCAACUCUUCUGCCUUUUUUGAGAAAUACCGCUGUUUGUGUGUGUGUGUGUGUGUGUGUGUGUGUGUGUGUGUGUGUGUGUGUGUGUGUGUUUGUGAGUGUAGAAUUUGCGUUUUGUUCCCCUCCGAGCGGAUUUGGGGGAGAGCUCUUGUGCCCACUUGGUGGUGGUGGGUUGACCGGUUUGUUUGUGUUUUAAUGAUUGAUUUUAUCCGGGACUUUCCUCCGCGUACUUUGGUCUGACUCCCAAGUUCCUAGUCCUUUGCUGCGAGUCAGUUUCAGGCGGGUGGAAACUGACCAAGAAUUAAGCAAACAAAAGAUUCCAAAAGAAUCCUGCUGAGGGGUUCCUCCAGUACCUUUUUGAUUCCUCUCAGCCUCCCUCCCCAGGCAGUGAGGAGGGUGUUUUUCUUUGCGGGGAGGGGGUAGGACAAGUGUUCAAGCCAAGGGUUCAGGGACCCGGAGGAACUUCCCCAAGACCCUCCUUUUUCUCUGGAUCCAGGUUUGCUGCAUGUUCUGUUUUGAUCUGAAAGUUCACGUGAAUUUUCCCGAGGUCUUGUGUAAGCCUUGGAUUGUUGUUGUUUUUUUCCCCCCUGGAUCUUGUUGGGAAGCAGGAGGGAGGCGUCCACUCUUGGAUUUAUUUCAGCCUUGUUAGGUUUUCCUUGCCCCUCUUGGGCUUUCUGGAAUUUUUUUAAACCCAGUUCCUAAGAAGAGGAAAGGGAAGAAAGCAAAAAAUCCUUAUAUCCCCCCUCACUCCAAACUUACAACCAGUGACUAGCUUUUGGAGGGAGGUGACUGUUGGUUACUUUUAAUUUUAAACUUUUUUUUUUUCCUGGGGCACUGUUCUCAUUUAAAGUGCAUUCUUUGGCUUCUUGGCCCCUACAGUACAGUGUUGGUAUCUAGGUGUGAUGUUUUUUUUCUUUUGGGAGGCUUAAGGAGGAAAGAGAUGUAAAAUUGCAGCCCAGAGCAGGCUGUGGGAAAACAAGAGGCCAGAUGGAGACUGUGAGAUGAGUACCUAAUGGGAUGGGUGAUGGUGUCCUGGCAGGACACCCUUCUCUGGCCUGUAUUGUCACCUAGGACAAAACCAGAACCCCACUGGAAUAGACUGUUUGAACCCCUCUCUGGGCUAUGUCACUUUCCACCAAGGGGGUGAGACCGCGUGGAAUGCAAGGGCCACACUCGAACUUCUGGCCUUUGUUGAGGGUAAAGGGGCAGACUCGUUGUGCAUCCUGGGUGACUGUGAGUGUGUGUUUUUGGAUGUGCGUGGCCCAAGACCCUAUCCCUACUUAAGUUUACUUGGGGUCGGAGCUGCACCCUCUUCCUCCCUGCCUUUCCCCUAGACUUUCCUCGCCACGCCACAAAAGCCCAACCCCAGCCAUGGCGCUCAAAGGCCGAGCACUUUAUGACUUUCAGAGUGAGAACAAAGAGGAGAUCAGUGUCUACCAGGAUGAGGAGCUGGUGAUCUUCAGUGAGACCUCCUUGGAUGGUUGGCUGCAGGGCAAGAACAGCCGGGGGGAGACUGGACUCUUCCCCGCCUCCUAUGUGGAGAUCCUCCGGACUCGGGCGGACUCCAGCUACACAGACUAUUCCAACAGUCCAGCCAACUCUCCCAGCAAUGAGCCGUCUUUCUACGUCACCCCCGUGGCCAACACAGGCAUCAUCUCUCACCAGGGCAGCUUUGAGGACGACGAUGAGGACUGGGAUGACUGGGAUGAUGGGGGCACCGUGGUGGAGGAGCCGAGGGGUAUGGGGCUGGGCACCAACGGGCACCCCCCUCUCAACCAGUCCUAUCCAGGUGCCUAUCCCAACCAGCAUAUUAGUUUCCGGCCUAAGCCAGCCUUAGAGCGGCAGGACAGCACUGCUUCUGGCAAGCGGGGUAGCGUGGUGGGGCGCAAUCUGAACCGCUUCUCCUGUUUCGUCCGCUCAGGCGUGGAGGCCUUCAUUCUGGGCGAUGUGCCCAUGAUGGGCAAGAUUGCUGAGGCCUACUACAUUGAAAUGGGCCCCAAAGGCCCUCAGUGGAAGGCCAGCCCGCACCCCUUUGCCUGUUCUGUGGAAGACCCCACCAAGCAGACCAAGUUUAAGGGCAUCAAAAGCUACAUCUCCUACAAGCUCACGCCCAGCCACGUGGGCUCACCCGUCUACCGGCGCUACAAGCACUUCGAUUGGCUCUACAACCGGCUGCUGCACAAGUUCACGGUGAUCUCGGUGCCCCACCUGCCUGAGAAGCAGGCCACAGGCCGCUUCGAGGAGGACUUCAUUGAGAAGCGCAAGCGGAGGCUGAUCCUGUGGAUGGACCACAUGACGAGCCACCCGGUGCUGUCCCAGUACGAAGGCUUCCAACACUUCCUCAGCUGCCUGGAUGACAAGCAGUGGAAGAUGGGCAAGCGGCGGGCCGAGAAGGACGAGAUGGUGGGGGCCAGCUUCCUCCUCACCUUCCAGAUCCCCACCGAGCACCAGGAUCUGCAGGAUGUGGAAGACCGGGUGGAUGCCUUUAAGGCCUUCAGCAAGAAGAUGGACGAGAGCGUGCUGCAGCUCACCAACGUGGCCUCGGAGCUGGUGCGCAAGCAUAUCGGGGGCUUCCGCAAGGAGUUCCAGAAGCUGGGCAAUGCCUUCCAGGCCAUCAGCUACUCCUUCCAGCUGGACCCCCCCUACAGCUCAGAUGCCCUCAACAAUGCCAUCUCCCACACGGGCAAGACCUACGAGACUGUGGGGGAGAUGUUUGCUGAGCAGCCCAAGAAUGACCUCUUUCAGAUGCUGGACCGCCUGUCCUUGUACCAGGGCCUGCUCUCCAACUUCCCUGACAUCAUUCACCUGCAGAAAGGUGCCUUCGCCAAGGUCAAAGAGAGCCAGCGCAUGAGCGACGAGGGCAAGAUGGACCAGGAUGAGGCCGAUGGGAUCCGCAAGCGCUGCCGCGUGGUGGGCUUUGCCCUGCAGGCCGAGAUGAACCAUUUCCACGAGCGCCGGGUACUGGACUUCAAGCACAUGAUGCAGUCCUACCUCCGGCAGCAGAUUCUCUUCUACCAGCGGGUCAGCCAGCAACUGGAGCAGACCCUGCGCAUGUAUGACAACCUCUAACCCUGCCCCCUCUGCCUCUCCCGCUGAGCCUCUGCUGCAGUCCUCCCCCUCUCCAGCGCAAGAGCCUCUGGGGGCUUCCUGCUAGGGAUGGCUGCACCCCAGUUACCCCGGCCCCUUUUGUACUGUUAACCAGUCCCUCACCCCCUCUCUUUUGUAGGUAUAUGUCUGAGGUUCUCACAAUGACUGCCUUAAUCCCUAAUCAGAGCAGGGCCCAUCUCUCCCCACUUUGAAAAAGGGACUGAGAGUGGGGUGACAGGGAUCUGCUUUCUAGUUUUGAGUGGCCUGGCUUCCUCUUCAUUGGGAGUGGGGGCAGAGGUAGAUAGGGGAGGGCACCUUUGGAGACCUAAGGCCACGGUGGCCUAGAGAGAGAACCCAGGAGAGCCUAGUCCCCAGCCCUAAACCCUUCCCUGAACAAAAUGACAGGAUCCUGUGAAUAAGGGUCAUUACUAGACAUUCCUGGACAGGGCUAGGGGGGAGAUCCAAGCAUCCCCUUCUUUCUGCUGAAAAUCUUACGGCUUCCUCAUGUCUUCUCCCAUAACCACAGCCACUGUCUCCCUAUGGCAUGGAUUCUGGGCAUUGGCUCCCCUUUGUGAUAAGGAAUCUGGCCAAAGCCCAGAGGAGGGGAGAAGACCGGGGGCCAAUGGGGCAGGGGACACUUCAGUCCCUACUGACAGCAGGCCCCUUGCUGGACUUUUGCCAGGGGCCCCUCAUGCCCAGGUGAGGUCCUUCCUUGGUCUGACCCCAUCUUUCUCCUUUCGGCCCCCCAUGACUGUGAGGGCCCCUGUGAAAGGUGCCUGGAGGCUAGCCCUGUUUGACAUGCUUGGUGGUUCUCUGCACCCUGGACUCGUGCUCCAUAGCCAUCGAUAGCCCCGGCUCUUCCUCUGGAGCUGAACUUGCCUGAUGUUUGUACCCACCAGCAUAAUAGCCCACGGGGUCAGUGCCCAGACAGCUUCAAUUCCAUAAGGAGUGCCUUUUGAUCACCUUGCAUCUCCAGCUUGGAGAGAAUCUGCCAGCUGCCCCUGCCCUUGCAUGGCACAGAAUCUGGGACAGAAGGAAGGUGCCCAGCCCCUCUUCUCACACGCACUGUGAUGCCAGCUCCUGGGCACAGAUGGCUCUGGUUGUUGUUUACAUCCCAGCCCACACACCCCGUAGGUUUUGGGGGGUGGAGAGGGUGGGAGGGGUGCCACUAGACUGUGGCCAGGCCACCCAGCUCAGGGGCACCUCUUAAGGCCUCAAGCAGUUCUUCUCCUGCUUCUAUUUGUUCUCUCUUUUUUUUCUCAAAAGAACUUUUACAAUUAAAACAGCAGAGUUAAAUUUUUUUCCUUAA